UUAUGUGUUUGUGUUUAAUUUUAAAUUAUUUUUGAUAAACCAAACCAACGUUUAAAUAAAUGGAAGUAAAACAAGAAGUUAGUGAUGAGGCAUAUCAAGCCGAAAUAUAUUGUAAUGCUGUUGAUGAUAGUCCUUUGGAUAUUAAUAAAGUUGAAAUUAAAGAGGAAUUAAAAACAGAGAGUGCAUACGAUGCAUUUGAUUUAUACUUAAAAGAAUUCCCCAUAAAGACUGAAAUAAAACAAGAGGAACUUAUAUUAUUUAAAGAAAAAGAAUUAAAUGGCUUUCCUCAAGAGGAGAACACAUUGGAUAGUAUGGAAACAAUACCCGUACAUACAUAUAAUAAAGAAUUACAUAUGAGUCAACCCGUUGAAGAAAAUACAUUAAAAUGUGAAAUUUGUUAUAAGCAGUAUUCGAGAAAAUACAAUUUAAAAGUACAUUUGAGAGUGCACACUGGAGAAACGUCUCACAAGUGUGAAAUUUGUUUUAAGCAGUUUACUACAGCAAGUAAUUUGAAAGUACAUGUGAGAGUGCACACUGGGGAAAAACCUUACAAGUGUGAAAUUUGUUUUAAGCAAUUUAGUCAAACAAACGGUUUAAAAAAACAUAUGAGAAUGCAUACAGGAGAAAAACCUUUUAAGUGUGAAAUUUGUUUAAAACAGUUUAGAGCAGCAGGAGCUUUGACAACACAUGUGAGAGUGCACACUGGUGAAAAAUCGUGUAAGUGUGAUAUUUGUUUCAAGCAAUUUAAUCAACCAAGUAAUUUGAAAACACAUUUGAGAGUGCACACUGGAGAAAAACCACACAAGUGUGAAAUUUGUUUUAAGCAGUUUAGUCAAUUAAAGGAUUUAAAAAACCAUUUGAGAGUGCACUCUGGAGAAAAACCUUACCAGUGUGAAAUUUGUUUUAAGCAGUUUAGUAGAGCAUUUGUUUUGAAAACACAUUUGAGAGUGCACACUUAGUUUAGUGUGCACUCCAGUGAUGAUUUCCAAUCUUCGAUAGGAGUGUGUAGCGGUCACGCUACUGAUCCUUUUUAAAUUAAUCACAUUUACUGUCCCUUUACGAAUUUCAUUUUGGAGACGCCUAUGGGAAUCGCCCAGUUGCCUACAUUCGCAACGUAGCGAGAAGAAAGCAUCGCGCAUGACUUUUUAUCGGAUCUAGACAAAAAUCGAUUUUGUCGAUUUUGACAUCAGUUUGGUCAAACUCUUUAAAUAAGGCAGACGCCGAUAUUGAGAUUCUUCUCAUUUUUAAGUGGAAUUGAAACCAGAUUUUAGAUGGAAAUCAAAUAACUAUAAGCAUCGAUUAUAAAUAUUCCACUAGAUAGCUCACCUCUUGGUAACCGAAAGACGUAUCAACAACUAGAUGGCGCUACUCGAAAACCGUAUCGAGAUUUCUCAUUCUCUCUUUGACUUGCGAGGAGGUAGGAGUAGUGUCAGGGCCGAACUUACCCUAUAGGUGUAUUAACAACCGAAAGACGUAUCAACAACUAGAUGGCGCUACUCGAAAACCGUAUCGAGAUUUCUCAUUCUCUCUCUGACUUGCGAUGAGGUAGGAGUAGUGUCAGGGCCGAACUUACCCUAUAGGUGUAUUAACUGUGACAAGUGUUGUGACAAGUUAUAGCAAAAUUAAAAAAAAAGACUCACAUUUUAGAUAAAAUGGCCUCUGUAACGCAUAAGUGUGUUUACGCGGGAUGUUUUGAAAGAAACGAUGGAACAAAUAAUAAUAUAUCUUUGUUUAAAUAGUCCCUGAAAGACGUAGAGCGCACAAAAAUUUGGCAAAAAAACUGCGGAAAUAUUGAUAUUAUAUUGAUGGAUAUCAGUGACCUGAAACAGAGGGUAAUUUGCCAGCAUCAUUAUGCAGUGGAACAUAUUUACCAAAGUGGCCAAAGAAAGUUAUUAAGGAAAAAUGCUGUUCCUCUAAAAUUUGCACAGUUAGCAACUGAUUUAGGUGAUACCCCACCAGUAUUAUGCUUUACAUACGUUUAUUGCGGUACGAAACGUAAAAGAUCUACAAGUGGCGAUUGUAUGGUUAGGUCAACUCCAUCGCCUAAGAGAUCAAGUAGUAGUCUCAGUGAUAUUUCCAGUUUUGAUAUUAAUUUGCCCACAAAACUUGAAACUGAAUUGACGGAGAAGGUAAAAAAAUUGGAGUAUCAAGUAAAUGCUUUAAAGAAGAAGUGUCGUCAGAAGAACAGUCAGCGUUGUAGAAGAACAACAAAAAACAGAAAAUCGACAACCAAAUUCAUGAUACAGGUACUGUUAGAAAAUAAAAGCAUAUACGUGCACACUUUUGUUAAUAUGCAGUUUUCACACAAAACUCGUUCACAAUGGAGUCACAAUGAAAAGGAUUUAGCUCUGGCCAUUUAUUAUAAGUCUCCUAGUUGUUAAAAUUUUUUUAAUUAGAUCUCUUAACUUUAUAUUACCUCCAGUAAAAACAAUUCAAACUUGGUUGCGUGUCAUAAAAUUAAGAACUGGUUUAAACAUUUCCCUAAUUGACAAGUUGAAGAAAAAAGCAGAGACAAUGGAUCAAUGGGAAAAAAUUUGUGUGUUAAUGUUUGAUGAAAUUUCUUUGAAAAAGUAAUUGGAGUACAAUAAAUUAGAUGACAUUAUAGAAGGGUUUCAAGAUUUAGGUGCUUUAGGAAGAACAAACAAACUUGCCAACACAGGUCUGGUUUUCAUGAUGCGCGGCUUGCUACAUAAGGCUACGCGGCUUGCUACAGGUGGUCCAAUACAUAGCGAUAACUUGAAAAACAUUGUAGUUGAAGUUGUUUCAAAAUUAUAAAAUAUUGGGUAUACAGGGUGUCCCAGACUAAUUUACCCACGCUAUAUCUCUUAAACGAAUAGAGAUUUUCGAAUGGGACAAAAGGUGAUAUAUUCUACUUGUAAUACACUUUAAUAUGGCGUACAAAAAAAUCAUCCCCUAAAUAAUCAUCCCUUAGUUACAACCCCUAACUUUAAUUUUUUUAAUAGCACCCUGUAUAUUUUUUUAUAGUUUUGGAUGUGGUCUUUUAUCGUCUAUUCAACACAUUUUUUGAAAAUAAAAUCGGUUCGUAAAUAACCUAGAAACUAUAAAUUUUGUGUCCCAGACUAAUUUAUCCAGGCUAUAUUUCUUAAACGAAUAGAGAUUUUCGAAUGGCACAAAAACUGAUCUAUUCCAUUUGAAAUACACUUUCAUAUGGCGUAGAAAAAAUUCAUCCCCUAAAUAUUCAUCCCUAACUUACAGGGUGCUAUUUAAAAAAAAUAAAGUUAGGGGUUGUAACUAAGGGAUGAAUAUUUAGGGGAUAUUUUUUUUCUACGCCAUAUUAAAGUGUAUUACAAAUGUAAUGUAUCAGUUUUUGUCCCAUUCGGAAAUCUCUAUUCGUUUAUGAAAUAUAGCCUUGAUAAAUUAGUCUGGGACACAUAGUUAACAAAACUAAACUGAUAUUUUCUUGGUUAUUUACGAACCGAUUUUAUUUUCAAAAAAUGUGUUGAAUAGACAACUAGUCUGGGACACCCUGUAUACCAAAAGUGUUGUGUGGUCAAGCAUCUAAUAAUAGAGCUUUAUUUAAGCUGUUAGGCGCAUGUAAGGAUCAGCCUGCAAUAGAAAUAGGAAAUCAGAGGAUUUUCACUAUGUUCGAUACACCCCACUUAUUAAAAAGUCCAAGAAAUAAUUUUCUUAACAAAAGUUGACGUUUUUUGCCGAUUCUAAACAAAUAUCGUGGCAAGAUAUUGAAUACACAUACAACAUCGAUAGAACCAGUGUGAGAGCACGAUGCAUGGUGAAAAUAACAAACGUUCAUAUAAACCCUAAUAAUUUUCAAAAAAUGCGUGUAAAAUUAGCAGCACAAAUUUUUUCCAACUCAAUUGCCUCAGCAAUAUCAACAGCAAUAUCUGUAGGGCAGUUACACACCAAAACGGCUUCUCUUACUGCCGAAUUUUUGAAAAUUAUAAAUAAUAUUUUUGAUGGUCUUAACAGCAAAUAUUGUAGUGAUAGUAAUCCAAACAGAAAGUCAAUGUCAACUUUAAGCAAGUCAACUGAAAACUUAAAAGCAGGUUUAGAAUAUUUUUAAAAAAUUAAAGUUUUUGAAAAUCAGAAAGAGAGAAAUAAUAUUCACUGUCUACACGGCUUUCAGUGGACCAUUUUGUCAGUUUUAUGUUUGUGGGAGGAACUUCAAAAAUAAUAUAAUGUGUCAUAUCUUUUAACAUCUUUUCCGAACCAAAAUCCUCUAGAAAAUUUUUUCUCUAUUGUGCGCAAUAGAGUUAGUCUAGUGCGUUCAUAAAAAAAACAUGUGUUUUUACUUAAUAACAGGCGGUAGCUGGUUUGUCUUUAGUUUCAUACGUGGAAGAGAAUGAUGCUAGAUCAAAAGUAUGUGUUUUAUCUCGUCAGGUAUUAAUGACGCACGGGUAAAUAAUCGUGGACUCAACUGAAUGUUAAACUACACUAUUAGCUUUAGUUUAUAUAUACAGUAGAUAUUAACAAGUAUUUUAUAAUAUCAGGAAAACAAUAUCAGUAUGUCUUAAAACCUUGGAAUCAUAUGGAAACUUUUUUAUUCAGUUUAGGGAAAAAUGUAUUAUAUUGAUAAAAACUUGCAUGUCCUAAAACUCAAAAUGAAAGAAUCAGUUGUCAAAUAUUAUGAGUCGUAUACCAAGUUUGUUAAAAAAUAUUAAUUCUUCUCAAGAGUAAUAUACCUUCAUUUUUAAAGCACUUUCAUAUAAAUAUGAACGUGGCUUUUAAUUGUUCUCGACUUUUAAUAAUAAAAUGUUUCGAUAUUGUCAAUAAUGAAAGUACUUCUUGAGAACAAGAAAUAAUAAAUAUCUUUUUUUCCUAAAAUUUUAAUUUUACUAUCUUAGUUUGAAAAGAAUUAACAUUCAAAUAUACUUAUUUACUUUAUUUUGAAAUAUGAUCUAAUUAGUGAUGUUUUAAACUUUCUAAUCCUGUCCGUUUAUCAGCUUUUACCUAUUGUUCCUAGGCAGAUGGCCCUCAACUAUUUAUAUGUUGGAAAUUCCCUGUCAUUUUAUCAAGAUAUAUGUAUACCAAAUUUCAUGCCAAUCCAAUGGAUUCUUUAAAAUUCGGAGGUUUUGCAAUAUUUUACCUGGGGUGAAUGGGUUAGAUCUGGAAAGAAAUUCUGUAUAUCAACUUCAAAUAGUUUAUUUCGCAUUAGUUCUGAAAAUAUCAUUCUUUUACAAAUUGCAAAAAAUAAUUUACAUGUGAAUUAUAACUGCUAAUUUUAUUAUGUAUUUUCUAUUUUGUUGUUUUUUUGUAGUGUAUUAAUAAUUAAAUAAUUUUUAAGAAA